AUGCUUGGUCAGGUAAAAAGUGAGACUGAGGCGAGGAAUCCACCAAUGAGUACAACCGAAAAUCAAAUUGAGCAGGAUCUUAUUGCCCGACUGACUGAACUAAAAUACACACUGCGGCCCGACAUUCGCGAUCGUGCAUCACUCGAAAAAAACUUUAGGGAAAAGUUUGAAACUCUCAAUAAGGUGCAUCUGACCGAUAACGAGUUUCAGCGUCUGCUUGAUGCUGUUAUUACUCCUGAUGUGUAUAAUGCAGCUCAGACACUACGCAAUAUCAACAGCUUCGAGCGUGAUGAUGGUACACCACUGAACUAUAGUCUGGUUAAUAUUCGCGACUGGUGCAAGAACGAUUUUGAGGUAGUGCAUCAGUUACGCAUCAACACCGAUAACAGCCAUCACCGCUAUGAUGUGAUGCUUCUUAUAAACGGUGUACCAGUUGUGCAGAUCGAGCUUAAAGCACUGUCUGUUAGUCCACGUCGUGCUAUGCAGCAAAUCGUGGAUUACAAAACUGAGCCUGGCAAUGGUUACAGUAAGACACUGUUGUGUUUUAUCCAACUCUUCAUCGUCAGCAAUCGUACUGAUACCUGGUACUUCGCGAACAAUAAUGCACGACAUUUCAGUUUUAAUGCCGAUGAGCGAUUCCUGCCGGUCUACCAGUUCGCCAGUGAAGAUAACAAAAAGAUUACCCAGCUAGAAAUUUUCGCCGACAAAUUCUUAGCCAAGUGUACUUUAGCGCAAAUGAUCAGUCGUUAUAUGGUUCUGGUUGCCAGCGAACAGAAGUUAUUAAUGAUGCGCCCCUACCAAAUUUAUGCGGUCAAGGCUAUCGUCGAUUGCAUUCAUCAGAAUUGCGGAAACGGCUAUAUCUGGCAUACCACAGGUUCAGGCAAAACAUUGACUUCGUUCAAAGCGUCCACUUUGCUCAAGGAUAAUCCUGACAUUGAAAAAUGCCUUUUUGUGGUGGAUCGUAAAGAUCUGGAUCGCCAGACUCGGGAAGAGUUUAACCGUUUUCAGGAAGGGUGUGUAGAAGAGAACACGAAUACUGAAACGCUGGUGCGCCGACUGUUAUCUGACGACUAUGCCGAUAAGGUUAUUGUCACAACUAUCCAAAAGUUGGGGCUGGCGCUGGACGGCACAAAUAAACGUAACUACAAAGAGCGUCUGGAGCCAUUACGAGACGCCCGUAUGGCAUUUAUCUUUGAUGAAUGCCAUCGCUCUCAAUUUGGCGAAAAUCACAAAGCUAUAAAAGAAUUUUUCCCUAAUGCACAGCUUUUUGGCUUCACGGGAACACCUAUCUUCGAGCAAAAUGCCAGCUACCAGCAAAUCGAAGGUCAACAAGCCAGUCUGCGUACCACCGACGACUUAUUCGAACGCUGUUUGCAUCAGUACACCAUCACUCAUGCUGUCGAAGAUCGCAACGUCUUACGCUUUCACAUAGACUAUUUCAAACCGGAAGGAAAGAACCCACCUAAACCCGGCGAAGGUAUCGCUAAAUCUAAGGUUAUCGAAACCAUUCUUUCUAAACACGAUUCUGCGACCAAUGGACGCAAAUUUAAUGCCAUCCUGGCAACUGCCAGCAUUAACGAUGCCAUCGAGUAUUUUGAGUUAUUUGACAGCAUUCAGACAAAAAAUGCAGAACAAAAUACUGAAUUUCGACCAUUGAACGUAGCAUGUGUUUUUUCCCCACCUUCUGAAGGAAACAAAGAUGUUCAGCAGAUACAGGAAGAUCUACCUCAGGAGAAAGAAGAUAACCAGCAAGACCCGGAAGGCAAGAAAGCUGCACUCGACCGUAUCAUUGCUGAUUACAAUACGCGUUUCAAGACCAAUCACCGCAUAAGUGAAUUUGACUCUUACUAUCAGGACGUACAAAAGCGUAUCAAGGAUCAACAGUACCCCAAUACUGACUUAUCUGCUGCGCAAAAAAUUGACAUAACCAUCGUAGUGGACAUGCUGCUUACGGGAUUUGACUCCAAGUACCUCAAUACACUGUACGUGGACAAAAAUCUCAAACACCAUGGUUUAAUGCAAGCAUGUUCGCGAACUAAUCGCGUUCUCAACGAUACGAAACCCUACGGUAACAUUCUCGAUUUUCGUCAACAACAAAAGUCGGUGGAAGGGGCCAUUGCACUCUUUUCCGGUGAAAAAAUUAAUAACCCGCGUGAAAUUUGGCUGGUAGAUUCUGCUCCUAAAGUCAUUGAGAAUCUACAAACAGCCACACAGAAACUGGCUGACUUUAUGCAAUCACAGGGACUGGCUAAUGCACCGGAAGAAGUCGCUAACCUUAAAGGCGAUGUUGCCAGAGCACAAUUCGUUAACCUGUUCAAAGAUGUUCAGAGACUUAAAACUCAGCUCGAUCAGUAUACCGAUCUAUCUGAAGAGCAAAAACAACAGAUCGAAAGGAUCGUGCCAGCAGAUCAAUUGCUGGGAUUUAAGGGCGUGUAUCUGGAAACGGCCAGGUGCCUAAAGGAACAACAGGACAAAGACCAAACACUACCAGAAGUACAACAACUCGAUUUUGAAUUUGUACUUUUUGCCUCUGCGGUUAUUGAUUACGACUUUAUCAUGGGCCUUAUCGCUAAUCUGACUCAGCAGAAACCAGGCAAGCUCACCCUGAAUCGCGAAGAACUCAUUGGUCUGAUCCAGUCCGAUGCCAAGUUUAUCGACGAACGUGAAGAUAUUGCUGCGUACAUCCGUGGUCUGCCAGUAAAUGAGGCAUUAAACGAAAAACAGAUUCGAACAGGUUUUGAACACUUCAAGGCAGAAAAGAAGGCGAAAGAACUCUCUGAGAUCGCCGCCAGACAUGACCUUGCACCAGAUGCCCUGCAAGUUUUUGUUGAUGAAAUUCUACGUCGUCGUAUCUUUGACGGUGAACGCCUUUCCGAAUUAAUGGCUCCACUGAAUCUGGGCUGGAAAACACGUACACAGAAAGAGCUAGCGCUUAUGGAUGAACUGACACCGUUGCUACACAAACUGGCACAAGGGCGUGAGAUCACGGGGCUAUCAGCCUAUGAGGAAGGGAAAUAA